AAUGGAUCCAAUGCCUCCCACCGUAUACUGGGUUGGGUUGUACAAUAUUAGUGGAAGAGGGUGGCGUUUGACGAAACUGGGGUUGGAGGAGAGAGUUGGAACUGAGGGCGGAGAAGCUCUGGGGAAGCAAGCAAGUGGUUGAUGGCAGGCCUAAGCCCUAGUGGUGGAAUUAAUGUGUUCUGGCACGAGGGGAUGCUGAAGCACGACACAGGAAUUGGGGUGUUCGACACUGGAAUGGACCCUGGCUUCCUGGACGUCCUCGAAAAGCACCCAGAAAACUCUGAGAGGCUAAGGAACAUGGUCUCCAUCCUCAAAAGAGGCCCCAUCUCUCCCUACAUUUCUUGGCACUCCGGAACCCCAGCUCUCAUCUCUCACUUGCUCUCUUUUCACACUCCAGAAUACAUAAAUGAACUAGUGCAAGCAGAUAGAGAUGGUGGAAAGGAGCUUUGUUCAGGAACUUUCUUGAAUCCUGGCUCAUGGGAUGCUGCGCUUCUUGCUGCUGGUACUGCAUUAUCAGCAAUGAAGCAUAUACUCGAUGGGCAUGGCAAAAUUGCAUAUGCAUUGGUUAGACCUCCUGGUCACCAUGCUCAGCCCAGUCAAGCUGAUGGGUAUUGCUUCCUAAACAAUGCGGGUCUUGCUGUUCAGUUAGCUUUAAAUUCUGGGUGUGCAAAGGUUGCAGUUAUUGACAUUGAUGUUCAUUAUGGGAAUGGGACAGCUGAGGGCUUCUAUCACUCUGAUAAAGUUCUUACCAUCUCACUUCAUAUGAAUCAUGGUUCAUGGGGUCCAUCUCAUCCGCAGUCUGGUUCUGUUGAUGAGAUCGGUGUAGGGGAAGGGUUUGGGUAUAAUUUGAACAUACCUCUACCAAAUGGAACGGGAGAUCGGGGAUAUGCAUAUGCCAUGAACCAGUUGGUUGUUCCAGCCAUUCAAAAGUAUGAGCCUGAAAUGAUGGUGCUGGUUGUUGGACAGGAUUCAAGUGCUUUUGAUCCGAAUGGAAGGCAAUGCUUGACAAUGGAGGGCUAUAGAGAGAUUGGUCAAAUAGUUCGUAAGCUCGCUGAUAAGUAUAGUGAUGGACAUCUUCUGAUUGUCCAAGAAGGUGGAUAUCAGGUUACAUACUCAGCUUAUUGUCUUCAUGCUACACUUGAAGGUGUUCUCAAUCUUCCAAGUCCUCUAUUAUCUGAUCCCAUUGCUUAUUACCCUGAAGACGAGCUAAUGACCACAAAAGUUAUUGAUGCUAUUAAAAAGUUCCAAAACAGCACUGCCCCAUUCUUAAAAGGAGGUUAAUCGGGGGGUAUUUUGUUGAAAUCACAUGUUGAGUUUGUAACCUGUUUCUUGGUGUAGCUUAAAUCUUAUAUCAGAAAUCUAGUGAUCAAAUUAGGAACAUCUGUUAUUUGAAUUAGAGAAGUCACUGUUACUGCUUAGGGUGUUUUUUUUUUUCUUUCCUUCUUGUUUCUUCAAAUUGGUAAAUUGUAAUAUAUAUUAGAGAAGAAAAAGAGGUUAUUGAUAAGGGUGGUGCCCUCUGUUGUGGGUACAUCUUUAUUGGAUUCUCUUAUCUAUCAAACAAAAAGAAAAAGGUUCUUUUAUAAUCUCA